GUUUAAGUCGCCGAAAACUUCAGAGUCAAUUCGGCCAUUAACUAAAUUUGACACACACAAAAAAAACGACUCACUGUGAAGUCGACGAACGCACACUCGAAGUCCGGCUAUAACGCCAUUACUCAAUCCUUAAAUCGCUCUCCUGUCCUGUUUUCUCAGAGUCCAGGUAGAAACGACUCCACCCUAAAGAGGCGGAGGAGGGACCUACAGGUUCAGAACCCGUCUGCUGUGUCCAACAGUCCACCCUGCAGGUGUUUCUCGUCAAAUGUACGUCCAAGCACUUUAAAAACAACAGCGCCAUCAGUGUCCGCCAGGGGGCAACAUUCGAGAAAUCGACGAUGUCGCAUCAGUGAAACUGUUCCGGGUUUCAUCCGCGGCCGUAAACAACAACAACGUGAGGACGAAGCUAGGGCGGUGAGACUUCUCCUUCCAGUAGGAUCAGCCGGUCAGCACGCCGGCUGUCAUCUCGACACCCCGUUUCCGUGUUUAUUCCUGAACAUAUUUAGCCGGCGUGUGGUCCUGCUCGGUCAUGUCGUUCCUCCGGACUGCGGCUCGCAGCUGCAGAGGUCUGGCCGCUCUGCGCCGCGUGUCCGCCGGCUACACCGCCUCCAGAACCACCGCUACGUACGUCCAGGGCCAGAGCCCCGACCCACGCAUCCGAGAGUACUUCUACUACAUCGACCACCAAGGACAGCUUUUCCUCGAUGACACUAAAGUGAAGAACUUUGUCACCUGCUUCAAAGAUAAACAGUUCCUGGUCUUCUUCUUCAGUCGUCUGCGAUCAAAUCAGAGCGGGCGGUAUGAGGAGGACUUCCCCUUCCUGUCCCUGUGCGGGAGGGAGAGGAACUUCGUGCGCUGCGACGACCGACCUGUGGUCUUCACCCAUCUGGUGCAGACCCCCGCAGGGCCGCAGGGGAUCGUGGGAGAGCAGGAGCUGCUGUCGUACUGCGGCGGGGCAGAGAAGCUGUCCUUCCCGUUUCGCCCUGAGGCUCUGUACAUGCAUCCCGUCAGCGGACGAGUGUAUCACCCCUGCACAGAGCGCUCAGGGGGGGUCGGCCUGGUCCGCUCGGCUCUGGCCAUCGAGUUCAGCUCAUUCUUUGUUUAUGCUCCAGAGAACGGCCAAUCGGGACAGCCUACACAUUUCCUGUGGGGAGGACAGAAGCGCACACUGACCAAUGAGCUCGCAGGAUGUUUCCCCGUGGCUGAAGAGGGCGGCGGACAGCAGGGAGAACUGGGAUAAUGACCACAACUGGUCAAAGGUAUACUUUAGUCUCUGAAAGUUUCAACUGUUCAUCCACAUAUUAGGACUUCCCCGUAUUGACGGUGGGAAAAUACAACCACUGUGUCCCACGUGGACACCUGUGCUCACCGCCUGGUUGUUACUGAGGGGAAGCAUGGGCCGAUUUGUCCUCCUGUCCAAGUUUAUAUGAUGUGUAAGAACUGGAACGUCAUUCGCCGAUUAUGCAGAUUUCGUUGGUUUAAUCAGUGGUUCCCAACCUCCUCCUGCUUGAAACGCCUUCAAACAACCCAGUGUCUACCUGCAUCCCCUCGUCACAGGCUGCAGUUCAAACAGUUAUAUUCUCUUUAGAGUCCCUAGAUGUGUUUUAAUCAAAUUUAGAGUCUUGAAAAGACAAAACAAUGCAGUGUGUUACCAGCAAAAAGGAGAGAUAAGUGAAAAGUCUGAAAAAAUAAACAAACUUUUGUUUUGCAACCACUCAGAUUUAUUAUGUGACCCGUUGGGUUGGGAACGACUGGCCUAAAGCUACAGGGGCUGAGGUGGCGUCGGAGGCUGAGAGCUGCUCUUUUUAAAUGUCGUGUGACACAAAUCUGGUAGAAAACAGUUCUAACAAUACGCACAAGUCUAUUCAGUAUCACAGUCAUCUUCCAGUUCGAUGUAUUUCAACUCAGACUUGUGUCAUCACAUCUAAAGAUAAAGUCCUAUCACAUUCAAGUAUGAUAUGAUCAAGAAAAUCUUAAUAAACCCAGAGCCAAACAUGAGUUAUUCCAUCAAGGUUGCUGAAUAGAGCCGAGCAGUUACUUGGUACAUUGGGUACAGAUGGUUAUUUACCAAAUACCUAAAAAUCUUAUCCAAAACAAUACAUACAAAUACAGCAACAUUUAUAGAAACAACUACAGUGUCUCUGUAGAUGCAGGAAAUACAUGCUUACAUAAACAAAACUACCAGUAGACCGGCAUGUUUGCAUAGGUAGAAAAUGCAAAUUUAAAUCCAACAAUAUUAACUUAUAAGUGAUGUAUAACAACAGGAACGUUUUUUGGCAACUGAAAUGCACUCUGGCAAAUAGCAACAACCUUGUUACAAACAUUUUGAAAUAUACUACUGACGAUUUUAUGGGCAGAUUGGGACCUGAAUAAAUAAGAUACUCUGAGCGUCUCGUUUUCUGUGUUGUUAUGUCACAUCGUUGACAGAAAAUGUCACAACAGGUGGAGUUUUCACUGCAGAUCUUGACACACCUCUCUGUCACAUGCAGAGAUGAAAAGUUUACUCAAAUACAGUA